UGCAUGGCUAUCUCUCGCGUGUUCGCGAAUGUUUGCGAAUCUCUUCUUCGAGAUGAAAAGAUUGUGUCGAUAUAAUGAUAAUUUUGCAAAUUGCGGACGAAAAUGAUCGUGGGAUCAUUGUCCAACAUUGAUGAUUUAACGAAGGACGCGUGUCGAUCGCGUAGUGCGAAAUUAAUUCUCGUGAUUAAAUAACACGAUUUUUUAAAUGUAAUUAAAUGUCAUUUGUGCAAAUAUAAUUAAUAAUAAAGUGCAAUUUUAAAGUGAAAUAUGAAACGGGAACAAUAAAGACAAUGAAAGUGAUUGCAUCGAUAGUGAAUCGCAAGAAAAAUGUAAAGAAGUUGCGGCUCUUUCAAUUAUGUAUAUGAUACGAAAAAUUGAUGUCAAAACGUUGAAAUGCAAGAAAAUUUUUAGAAAACUUUACGAAGACAUGCUAUUGUAACGAAUACAAUUGUUAUAUUAUGAGGAUUUCAGAAUUCGCAAAAUAUACGUCGUCGAACUUCUGUAAUUAUUUUCUUCUUGAAGAAAGCACAGUUAUUUACAUUAGCUGUGCUUUAAAUUCAGUGAUUAAGCGAAAAAAUUCACCUAAAAGAGUACUUGAUGCUCAUGAAAAGUUGAGACGCGCAAUCGGCUUAAAAGUAAAGCGGCUUCGAUUUUAUCGGAGAUUCGAACGAGUAGUAAAUCUCACUUUAGUCAGACGACGAAUAUCGAGAAUGUAAAAAAUAUUCUGUAGUUGUAAUUUUUUUUUAAGAGAAUUUAGAUUGAUGAUCCGUAAUCUAUAAUACGAAGAGUCUAAUCAUCUUCUCUCGCUGUGUUAUGUAUUAGUUUAGAUAAAGAAAAGGGUAAAAAAUUUAUUACAAAUUUUAUAGAAAACGGAAAUGAAACAUAAUAAAAUUAUGCAUGCAAUUAAAAGAUGAUCAACAGAAGCAGAUAAUACAUUUAUGGCACUAACGUUUCAAGGAUGAGAAUCCCAAAGGUAUUAUAGGCAAGAUAAUCGCUUAUUUCAAGGUUACUUGCAAGUGGAACAACCAUUAGAAAUUUCAUCAUGAGUGUCUCUCAGAAAAAAGUCUUUCUAACAUCAACAUCGAUUCUAAACUUAUAAAAAACGCAAGAGCGUACUAUUUCCUAUUUUCUAUUUCAGUAAUAAUAUUGACAUUGCCUUUUAAAUAUCCAAUAAUAGAAAAUUUUCUGUGGAAGAAACUUUUGCGUGACAAAAAGUUUGAUUUAAACUUUAUCGAUGUGUUAUUGUAAAACGGCCUUUUAAAUUAUAUGCCUGCAAAGUUACGAAGGACGACAGGAACAAAUUUUAACAACGUCAUUUCCAACGGUAAUGGUGACACAGAAAUCUGGAUCAAUAACGCAUUUUUUGAACAGUCAUUUAAAUGUUCGCUUGGUAGUGUCGCGUAAUGAAAUUACUAGCGUCUAAUUCUAUACUGUUCUAGCAUCCGUUCGCAACUACGCGGCUAAUGAAGUUAACACGUGGUAAUUGCCCUAAGUGCAUCGGACAGGUUGAAUGCUUCUAGCAAAAGAACGGUAGAGAAAGGAUCGCGCAAACAGGAGGAGACUUCUUUGUUAUUACACAUUAUGCGAUUCGUCGAACGUCCGAUCACACAGAUUAAAUUUUGAUCAAGAAAUGGGGCAACCUUCGACGAUUCAGCGGAAUCAAUUGUGUCUCACAUGCCUAAUGAGUCACUCGCGUGAGACACGCUUGAAGCUUACCACGAAUCUUCUUUAUCUGUUGAAUUGUUAAUGUUAAUCGAAACUAAUUAACUUCCAAGAAGCAAGGAAGAAAAGGAAAGAAAGGAAGAAGAAAUUAGUUACUCAUAGGAAUCGAAGUAAGCCGGGUAAUUUUGAUGAACACUUUUUCGUUCACCAAUUUUCAUCGUUCGAGAAAAUAAAAAAGAUUCGAGAGCCAGGAUCAUCCGUAUUUUUUGACGAAAUGACAUGACGUGCGUCACGACGCGUGUCGUGCCCAUAAGAGAAUGGUAGCUAUAGCGAAAUCGUCUAAUCGAUGGAAGUCGUGACACACUCAUCUACAUACACGCAUUUGUCGACCGACUUUGCAAACUUCUACUUUUCAAACGAAAAUAGUAUGACUGAAACAAACAAAGAUAAUUUGCAACGAAAUAUUUCAUCUGCGCACGUGUGCAUCUCAACGGAUAAUAUCACAAAAGAGUGAAAAUGGAGCUGUUGCGAACUAUCUAUUCUUAGCGCGAAGCGAGUCUCUUGAUCUCUUGAUUUGUUUUUUUUUCCAUGUGAGUGGCGAUUAAACUUUUACGGAACCGUUCGCUCUGAUGGGAAAUAUCGACAUAAAGUCGCUAUUUUUUGUGUCAUAUAUUCCGAGAGGAAGUAAAUAUAAUAUGCACUAUUUGAUGUGAAAAUGAAUUAUCAAACUCAUACAGUAUUAAUUUUCGAGCCGUAACAUCGAUAAGAGAAUAAAGGUCAAAGCUUUAACGAAUGAAAUAAUUUUUCAACAAGUUUGUGCUGGAAUUUAGUAUCCAGGAUCAGGCGUUUGUCCAUAAAUAUACAUUACAUUUAUAAUCGGCGUGGAAUUAAAAUACGUGGAAUUAAAAUACGUGAGAUUUAAAUUGGAAAAUUCAACAGAAGAUUUUUAAAAAUAUAUAGGUGUUGCAAAAGAUUGCAAAAUAUUACGCGAUGGGCCGGAAACAGAAACGCCGCCUGAUACCGGAACAAGACCGUAGAAUUUGCGGUAGCAUUUGCUUCUUCCAGUUCACCUUCGUCAUCAGUUGCGUAGCUUUGGUUUAUCUCGGCGUAGCGAUCUACGCGCCGUCGUACAGAGCUUUCCACAUUGGCAUUGAGCCGGAACCGGUGAUGUGCCAAACUGUUAAUGCCUCGAUGGUGAAUAAUUGCGGCUGGGCUAGUUGCGGCGAAUGGUGUUUGACGAAGUCGAGCGGCUUUUGUCCCCAGUUUCACGCAACCGUGAGACGUAAUGGCACUGACGUGAUUUUCGAAAAUUGCACCAAGUUCAAUACAAUCGCGUGCCCUCAGGUAAACAUGGAGAACAUGAAAAGAUAUAAUUGCAACAACGGCAGCGAGUGCAGUAUGUUGACGGGGGUGUUCAACUGCAGCCUCGGACAUUGUUCAAACAUGAGCGAUCUGAUGCUUUGUCAUCACAAGGCCGACGGCAUUGUCAUCGAUAGCGAGAAGGAUAACAUGAAACUGAAUGGCUUCUUCAGCUGUCAACACUCUAGAUGCACGAAAAUCAAGAACGCUUUCAAUUGCGACCGAUACUGUCCGAGCAUUAAUACUACUGACGUGAACGUGUAUCUAAUGCAAGACGACAGUGUGAUAUCAGCCAAGUGCUCCCGUGGGAUGGCCUUGAACAGAGCGAACGGUAGCCUACCUGGUAUCAGAUUGAACGAGCCUGUUAAAAUCUGGGACGAAAAAAACAGCAGUAUCGUCGCAAGCUGUUUCGCCGUAACGAAGAAUGGCAAUGUCAUCAGCACAGAGGAUUGCGUGAAUGGUACGUUGUUGGGUGAGAUUCUGGUUCCCAAACCGUCCAUUAAUUUCACGAGUUUCCUGAAAAUUUAUGAGAAGAGCCUACGGUAUCCGGCGGACCCCACGAACGCCUAUGUUCCGGCGCAGCAAUCUUUGACUAUCUACAACAGCUCGCGAUUAUAUAUCAACCUCGAGCGUUGCGUCAACACCUUGAGAGGCGAGUGUAGACAAUUUCAGCUCACUCACGGUCGUGAUGGCGACAAUCAGACCGCGCAGAGUCGAUAUCCCUGUUAUUACAACAAGAACGACUCGUUAUUCGUGGUUGCACGUUUCGAUCUGAAGAAGACACGAAUGGAGCUGUUGAUCGCCGUUAUCGUGCCGGCUGGACUCUUCAUCAUCAGUGUGAUCACCCUGAUUAUCAUUUCGCGAUCGGUGCAGGUGGGAGACGACGCGAAGAUGCGAUGCAGAUACUGCGUUGAUAAGCAAGAGGUCGAGGGCGAAGACCAAGGCCUCGUAGAGGCAACGUCCUCCACGACUCAAAGUCAGGUCAAUGAGAACGAGAUUAGAAGUAUGACUCUUUAGCAGUACAAGCCGCUCGGCAUAGGCACUACGCUGGGUUAUGAAAAGCUGCCAUUGAUCGACAUGGACGAGGCUGAGGAUUCCUUUUAGAAGAAAAUGCGAGACCUAAUUUUCAAAAGAUCGUGAUGCUGGAAAGAUCCAUCCAAGACAAAACUCUACAGAUAAAAUCCAAAUGUGAGUAAAGUUAAAUUCUCGAAUGGACAUUAACGUCGUCUUCCGGAAUGAGGUGUAAUCAAUUUCUUUACUGUUACAAUUAUAAUCAUUGUAACGCGCAAUGACAUGGACGUUACAAUGGUGUGACUGAUCGUUGUGUUUGAAAUGAAAUUUAAAUUCAAGUGAUCUCUGCCAAUGAAACUCAUCGAAAGUAACCCUUUUGGGGUCCAAGUUAAUAUUAUUGACUCUUCAAUUAUGUAUUGAUGGAAUAUAUUUGUAGGUAUGCUCACUGUUGCCUUCGAUGUAUCGUUAUUAUUUUGUUUGCGCGCAAGACAAACGAAUUGACACUGAAUCACACAGAAUCAUCGGGACGUAGUUUUAAGAUUUUGCCUCCAAAUAUAUUUAGGAAACUUUCAUAAAAAAUGUGUCAUUCUCUUACUUCAAAAGUAACACAAGAAUUCAAAAACACUAAGAAUGUGAUUUUACUGUUAUCAUCAUGAAUAAAAUAAGUAUUACCUUAUCAAUUAUCAAAGGUGAACUAAUUUAAUUUCAAUAAAAAU